AGGUGGCAACGCCGCAUCACCUGCAAGUUGUUCGUAAGUGUUUUUGUAUAUUCGCAAAAAACAAUAUUUCGUAAAAUAACAAGUGCCAGACGCGUUAAACAAACAUAAAACGUCAAUUAAAGCGAGGGCAACAGUUGACAUGCUGUAAAUAUGCGUAGCUGCGUUGCAGCCCAGAAGUGUGCACCGAGCAACAGAAGAAGAAGCAACAGUUAAGCCAUAUACACAUACAUACAUACAUAUAGACAUACCAGCACAUACAUACGUAGCUAGGUGCGAGCAGCAAUGGGCGGCGCGGAGCGGACAGCGACAGCGACCGCAACGACUAGAAUUAACGUUUAGUCUAGUUUAAGCCACAGACGCCACAUCACAAAGCGCUUGAGCUGCUUGCAAAACGGAGUAUAUUUAUGAAUAAAUAUAUGUAUAUAAAUAAAAAAAAAAAUAAAAACUGAAUAUACACGAAAGCUGCGGGCGCAGACACAGCAACAUAUGCAUGCAUGUAUCCAGCGGGCAGUGUGACAAAUGAAUCAACAAUCCAGCAGCAACAGCAGCAGUCCAAGGGCCACGUCCACGCUGCAACGUUGUAAUUGAAAGUUAACAGCGAGCGGAGGCAGUCCGUUCUACCUCAACAACAACAGCAACAGGAACAGGAACAAGCCACACACACACAAACACACUCACACACACAAACACACUCACACACACAUAGACAACCACCAAAAUGCUGCCUCGGUUUCGUUCCUUCUAUGGCAAAGUUAUAAUAUUUGUGCUCGUCGCGCUGUGCUUCAUACUCUAUCUAAAAGUUCAGCCGGCCAGCGAUGACUUCCCACUGCCCGUCCGGGUCAGGCCGGCAGCGCUGCGGCAUCGGUCGCAGGACAGGUACCUCGACGAGGGCGAGAACGAGAUACAGAGACCCGUUACACUGUCGCCGUACGAGCAGAUCAUACAGCUGGAUCUGAAGAAGCAGGAUCCGAGUCUGGGCAACAAAGGUGCCGCAGUGCAUCUGCAUGGCGCUGCCAAGGCGCGUGGCGAUAAGAUCUACAAGAAGAUCGCACUGAACGAGGAGCUGAGCGAGCAGCUGUCCUACAAUCGCACCGUUGGCGAUCAUCGCAAUCCGCUGUGCCUGGCGCAAAAGUACGAUGAUCCGACCACGCUGCCCACGGCCAGUGUCAUCGUUAUAUUCUACAAUGAACCCUAUUCCGUGCUGGUGCGCACGGUGCACAGCACGCUGAACACUUGCAACGAGAAGGCUCUGAAGGAGGUCAUCCUGGUCGACGAUGGCAGCGACAAUGCGGAGCUGGGCGGCAAGCUGGAUCAUUAUACGAGAACACGCUUUCCCAGCGGCAAGGUGACAAUUCUGCGGCUCAAAAAUCGCUUGGGUCUGAUACGCGCCCGCUUGGCCGGCGCUCGGAUUGCCAGCGGCGAUGUGCUCAUCUUUCUGGACGCCCAUUGCGAGGCGAAUGUGGGCUGGUGUGAGCCGCUGCUGCAGCGCAUCAAGGACUCGCGCACCAGUGUCCUGGUGCCCAUCAUUGAUGUGAUCGAUGCGAAUGAUUUCCAAUAUAGCACCAAUGGCUACAAGUCCUUCCAGGUGGGCGGCUUCCAGUGGAACGGCCACUUCGACUGGGUGAAUCUGUCCGAGCGCGAAAAGCUGCGCCAGAGCAGGGAAUGCAGUCAGCCACGCGAGAUUUGCCCAGCCUAUAGUCCCACCAUGGCGGGCGGCCUGUUUGCCAUGGACAGACGCUAUUUCUGGGAGGUGGGCAGCUACGAUGAACAGAUGGAUGGCUGGGGUGGUGAGAAUCUGGAGAUGUCCUUCAGAAUCUGGCAGUGUGGCGGCACCAUCGAGACAAUACCCUGCUCCCGAGUGGGCCACAUCUUCCGCGACUUCCAUCCCUACAAAUUCCCCAAUGAUCGUGACACGCACGGCAUCAACACCGCUCGCAUGGCGCUGGUCUGGAUGGAUGAGUAUAUAAACGUAUUCUUUCUGAAUCGACCCGAUCUGAAGUUCCAUGCGGACAUUGGCGAUGUCACGCAUCGCGUGAUGCUGCGCAAGAAGCUGCGCUGCAAGAGCUUUGACUGGUACCUGAAGAACGUGUAUCCCGAGAAGUUUGUGCCCAACAAGAAUGUCAAGGCCUGGGGCAGAAUAAAGGCCGUGCACGCCAAUCUCUGCGCUGACGAUCUGCUGAGCAACAACGAGAAACCCUACAACUUGGGCCUAUAUCCCUGUGGCAAGGAGCUGCAAAAGUCGCAACUCUUCUCCUACACCAAGAGCCAAGUGCUGCGCAACGAGAUAAGCUGCGCCACAGUCCAGCACAGCAGCUCGCCACCGUACCGCAUCGUGAUGGUGCCCUGCCUGGAGAACGAUGACUACAACGAGCAGUGGAAGUACGAGAACCAGCAGCUGGUGCACAGCAACACGGGCAUGUGCCUGGAUCACGAUGGCCUCAAGAGCAUGGACGAUGCACAGGUGGCGCCAUGCGAUCUGACCAGUGAGACGCAGCGAUGGAUCAUUGGACACGAAUAAGUUUAUACACACACACACACAAACACACACACGCCUGUGGCCAGCCCCAGCGAGCGGACCAAGCCAAUUGCAACUGAGAGAAACUGACUAAGCGAAGCGAAGCGCUUUUAACUACAGACUCAAAUUAACGCAACAACAUGUGUAAAUAACAAUUUAAAAAAAUGCAAUGAUAGAAAUGCAUAUAUAUGUAUAUUUUCUAUAUAAUUUAUACACUAUAUAUACUAUAUAGAUUGUGUAAGUUGUAGUUAGUGAAUAUCAAACAAAAUCAACACAAAUCAAAAAACAAGUCAAAAUAUUAUACCAUAAAAGAAAACAAAACACAAGAUACAAUAUGUGUUGUGCAUUUGUUGUGUAAAGAAAAAAAAGAAGAUAAUUGGAAACUAGAAGAAGUUGAUGUAUUAUAUCGGUUUAUGUGCAUAAUAUUCCUAUGUAAAUGCUUGAAUAAUAAUAAUUAUAAUUGCUAUGUGAUCAUCAAAUGAUAAAUUCAUCAUAACACUCGCAUUCCAAAAUGCAGUUCAACUAAUUGCAGAGUCUCGAAUAAUCAAACUAUGUCUUAAAUGCAAUGCGUGAGAACCACAUUAAAAGCGUUGUAAGCAUUUAUUAACUAACGACAACAUUUUUUGCCAUCUGUUUUUUUGAAAAUCAAAUAUAAAACAACUUCCAAACGGAAGAUUAAAACAACA